AUGUCCGGACGAGGCAAAGGAGGCAAAGUUAAAGGAAAGGCCAAGAGCCGCUCCAACCGUGCUGGUCUGCAAUUUCCCGUGGGCCGCAUCCAUCGACUUCUCCGUAAAGGAAACUAUGCUGAGCGUGUGGGGGCUGGAGCGCCUGUGUACUUGGCUGCUGUCAUGGAAUACUUGGCCGCUGAGGUUCUCGAGUUGGCCGGUAAUGCUGCCCGUGAUAACAAGAAGACCCGCAUCAUCCCUCGCCACUUGCAGUUGGCCAUCCGCAACGACGAGGAGUUGAACAAGCUCCUAUCGGGUGUGACCAUCGCUCAAGGAGGUGUCCUUCCCAACAUUCAAGCCGUACUUCUGCCCAAGAAGACUGAAAAGAAGGCUUAAAUCAUACCCGAACUUCCAUCUUUAACGAAACAGGCCCUUUUCAGGGCCAAAAAAUCUGCUCAAAGGAACAUUAAAAAGAUGAAGGUGAACAGUGGCCUGCCCGGCAGAAUGAUCGAAUCUUCAGAUGUCGAUAAGUUCGAGGAUUGCCCGUUUUUACGUGUGACUGUAGCCAAAAAAGCUGGGAAGGUAUUCGGCAUUAUUAUGCGAGAUACUAAUCGAGAAAUGUCACUCGUGGAAUUUGAAUUUUGCCACAACAAUCAAUCGUGAACAGGGUUGCCAUGAGGCUAAUCUAUUUCUAGUGAAAAUAACUGUUGAUACUUCGAAAUUCUAAAUCUGACGAAUUGCAAUAUCAUUCUGAUUUGAAUGACUAGUUGUGCAUUCAUUUUGAAUACUAUUCGAAGCUUAUGGAUAAUACUUUAGCUGCAAUUAAAACGCCAUGUAAUCUCAUUUAUCAUG